AUGUCAGACUCAGUAAAUCAUAACUCAAUUCAAACUCUCACUGGCUCAAAUUAUAAGAAAUGGAUAGAAGAUGUGGAAAUUGCUCUUGGACUUCUGGAUUAUGAAAUGGUUCUGACUAAUGAAGCUUUAGCAGUGCCUGCAAAUGAGGCAUCUACUGAGACUAAGGCAAAAUAUGCAAAGUGGAUUAAGGCCAACAAAAUGGCAAUUCUGAUCAUGAGGAGGUCUACUUCAGAAGAAGUUAGAGGCAGUAUUACUGAAACUGAGAAUGCUAAGGAGUUCAUUGAAGCUAUUGAAGAAAAUUUCCAAGGAUCCAAGAAAGCUGAAGUAGGCACACUUAUGAGCCAACUGACAAAUAUGAAAUACAAUGGAGAAGGCUACAUAAGGACCCACAUUUUGAACAUGGUUGAGACAGGAAACAAGUUGAAAGCCUUGAAAGUCAAUGUAGAUGAAACCAUGAUGGUGCACUUCACCAUUAACUCUCUACCUAGCAUUGAUAGACAAUUGAAAACUACUUAUAUUGCUCAGAAGGAGAUACGGUCAGUUGCUAAUUUGAUAGGUAUAUGUGUGCAGGAAGAACAAAGUAUUAGAAAGGACAAAGGCAAAGAACAAGUGUAUUUGGUGCAGGAUGCUAAAUUCAAACCAAAGGAAUGGACCGAAAACAAGAAUGCAGAUAAGCAGCAAAGGAAAGAUGAGACUGCAAAGGGCAUGGGUCCAGUAGGUUUGAAGUGUUUCUUGUGCAAGAAAUUUGGACACUUGAAGAGAGACUGCAAAAGAUACAAACAUUGGUUGGACAAGCAAAAGGGAAAAGACAGUGGUGCAACAAUUCAUGUGACUAACUUUUUGCAGGGAUUCAAAACAAAGAGGGUGCCAAACAAGGAUGACUUGAAGGUGUUCGUGGGAAAUGGAGAGAGAGUUAGCGUAGAUUUUGUUGGUUUAGCUAGUCUUGAGUUGGAGUCAGGAUUUAUUUUGGAAUUUGUUGAUGUCGUUUAUGUUCCUUCUAUGACAAGAAACCUGUUAUCAGUUAGCAAGCUUGUAAAAUCAAACUUACAGUUUGAGUUUGAUGAGUCUAGUUUCUCCAUUUUCAGAAAUAAAAGUUUUAUUGGUAAUGAAUUGUUGAUUGAUGGAAUGUUUCGUUUGAAGUGCAAAUUGCCAAAUCAAACUACAGAGAUGAUAACUGUGAUAAGCUCAAAACAGUCUUGUAAUACAGAAUCAUUCACAUUGUGGCAUAAGAGACUUGGACAUGUCUCGAAAGAAAGAAUGAAUCUCUUAAGCAUAGAAUCAAUUCUUCCACCACUUAACCACCAUGAAAAGGAUAAAACAUGUAUUGAAUGUGCAAAAGGAAAAUUGACAAAUCUCAUAAAGAAAGGAGCAAUAAGGAGUGAGAAACUGCUUGAAAUAAUACACAUAGAUAUUUGUGGUCCUUUUCCAGUCGACACACAUGAUGGUUUUAGGUAUUUUAUUACCUUUACUGAUGAUUUUUCAAGAUAUGGAUAUGCGUAUCUGAUAAUAGAAAAAUCCAAGGCACUGGAAAUGUUUAAAAUCUACAAAGCAGAAGUGGAAAACCAGCUGUAUUCCAAGAUAAAGGUUCAAGAGGGCAUCAUUGCACAAUAUACAAAUCCCGGAACACCACAACAUAAUGGUGUUUCAGAAACAAGAAAUAGAACCUUAAUAGAGAUGGUGAGGAGCAUGAUGUGCUGUGCAAAGCUUCCUACUUUCCUAUGGGGAGAAGCCUUAAAAAGUGCAAACUACCUUGUCAAUAAAGUACCUACCAAAACUACAAACAAGAUACCCUACGAAAUCUGGUGCAAAAGAAAGCCUAGUUUAGCUCAUCUAAAGACCUGGGGAUGCAAGGCAGAGGCAAAAUUGUAUAAUCCAAUGCAAAAGAAGCUUGAUUCCAAAACUGUGAGCUGUUUCUUCAUAGGAUAUCCAGAUAUGACAAAAGGUUACAGGUUUUAUUGUCCUAAACAUGACACAAGAUUUGUGGAAACACAAAGUGCAAUCUUCAUUGAGGAAGAAGAUGGAGGAUCAGACGAUGCAGAUUUUGAUUUUGAUGAAGUCUUGGAAGAUAAGGAAACUCCAGAUGAAAACCAAAUGAGAGAUGUAACUGUUUUAGCUUUUGAUGAAUUGGAAGAAAACCAAGCCUCUCUAAUGCAUGAAGAAAGAAAUAAUGAAGAAGGUCAAGUGACAGAAAACCAACAAAUUGCAGUAGAAGAAAUGCAGACAGAUCAACCAGUACAAGUUCCAAACUCACAACUCAGGAGAUCACAAAGGCCUAAGAGGCCGGCCUUGUCAAAUGACUAUUUUGUUUACCUACAAAAAUCUAAUCAUGACAUCAACACUGAAGAAUAUCCUGCAACUUUCAAGCAGGCCAUGGAAAGUAGCAAAUGCACACAGUGGUCUAUAGCCAUGGAAUCUGAGCUAGAAUCAAUGAGCAAAAAUGGGGUAUGGAGACUAGUUGGUUUACCACCAGGAUGUAAACCUAUAGGAAGCAAGUGGAUUUACAAAACCAAAAGAAAUGCACAAGGACAAAUAGACAGGUACAAAGUCAGACUAGUGGCAAAAGGGGAAGAGAAUUUAGUGAGUAGGUUGCAGAAAUUGAUAUAUGGUCUAAAACAGGCAUCAAGACAAUGGUAUCUCAAGUUUGAUGAAGUUGUUAAGUCCCAAGACUUCAUUGAUAAUCCAUUGGAUGAAUGUAUCUAUAUGAAAUUCAAUGGAAGGAAUUUCAUUUUCAUGCUGCUAUAUGUGGAUGACAUUCUUUUAGCCAGUAGCAAUUUGUCUAUGCUGCAUGACACUAAAAGAAUGCUAUCAAAUCAUUUCGAUAUAAGUGAUCUGGGGGAGGCAAACUACGUUUUGGGAAUUGAGAUAAGCAGGGACAGAGAAAGAAAGAUGAUUGGUUUAUGCCAGAAGGCAUAUAUUGAGAAAGUGCUUAAGAGGUUCAAUAUGGGCAACUGCACAGGAUGUGAUGUUCCCUUCUCGAAAGGUGACAAAUUGAGCAGUGAACAAUCCCCUAAAACUGAGCAAGAGAGACUAGAGAUGAAGGACAAGCCUUAUGCAUCAUUAGUAGGAAGCUUGAUGUAUGCACAAGUCUGCACUAGACCAGACUUGGCAUUCUGCAUAAGUGUUCUUAGCAUAUUUCAAUCUAACCCAGGCCAAGCACAUUGGAUUGCAGGCAAGAAGGUUGAAAGUUUGCAGCUGGAAGGAUAUGCAAAUGCAGACUUUGCAGGAUGUCAGGACACUAAGAAAUGCACAUCAGGAGUUGUUUUUCUAUUUGCAGGAGCUGCAGUGGCAUGGAAAAGCAUGAAACAGCAAUAUGUGUCAACCUCCACCAUGCAAGCAGAAUUCUUGGCAGUUUAUGAAGCCACUUCAAUGGCAAUGUGGCUUAAGAAUUUCAUGUCCAUGCUGAGAGUUGUGGAUUCAAUACAGAGGCCGAUUCAGUUAUGGAAUGACAAUACUGCAACAGUGUAUUUUGCACAAGGAAAUAAGAGAUCAUGUGGAAUGAGGCAUUUGCAUUUAAAGUUCUUAUUUGCGAAGGAAAAGAUUCGAGAUGGAGAGACUGCUCUAAGUCACAUUGGCACAAAUUUUAUGAUUGCAGACCCCUUGAAUCAAGGGUUGCCUAAUCAUAUUUUUCACAGACAUGUGGCAAGCAUGGGAUUGCAGUUCUGUUUUUAUACCUAA